UUCUUGUUACUUCUAUGGAUGAGGAACAGGAACGAGAGAGGGAACAGGAGAAAGAACGAGAGAAGGAAGUCGAAAUAGAAACCGAAGCUGAAGUGUGUCCUCCUCCAGUCCAAGCCCACACACCGCUUGUUGAGAAGCAAUGGGAAUGGGGCCAUGCUUUACAAAAGGUUUUGUAUUUGAUUGCCUCAAUGAAUGCGAUAGAUGUCCCCGUUUGCAUGCAAUGACUGCAGAUAAGCUGGAAAGCUGCGGGAUGUAUUUGCCACAGAUGCUCGAUUUCAGAGACAUGCCAAGUCAUUUGUUCAUCACCAGCAAUUGGCUUUGCAGUGUCCAAAUUACAGAUGACCAUUGCAGCCCACUGGAAAGAGCACAUGCGUUGCGCGCUGUGGAUACUUUCCUUUUGUCUCCGGCCAAUGACCAAGUGACAUCGAUCAUCUUGCUAUCAGGCUGGGAAGCCAGCAAUGUGUUGGUAGAGAUGAGGUGUCUGAGCAAACAUGCCCCUCAGCGGGCAACGCAGGCAGAAGAGUUCUUUGCCCAGCUGUGCCACUUGAGUGAUACUGGCAAAAGUAUGUUUGCUUGUCGUGCGGGCUAUCCGAAGCUUCCACGCGCAGAGCAUUGAGCUCUGCGGAAGCUUUUCAAUGGCUCCUGCGAUUACUCACUCAGUGAAUGUGCAGAAGUUGCGAAAUUUCUUGGUCUUUUGCAACCACGGAGCGCCUACAACUUUGCCAGCCAUCAGCGGAAUGAGCAACAAAGCCAGCGUUUGUGGGAAGCAUUGAGAGACCAGAAAGUUUUGAGCAGGAACAGUUUUGUGAAAGAGGUCCCAGACGCCCAGACGUCAAUGCCAAACUGAGAGAGGCUGUGGAAACCGCCUUGGAGCAAAGAGAUGCAAAUUAUGCUUUAAAGAUGGUUUGGCUUCACAACCUGCUGACUCAGAUUUCAACAGGGCGCAAAAAUCCUGCAGAAAUUGUGCCAGAAUUCGUGAGACUCCGGUUACAAGGUCACUUUAUCCAAGGAUCCAGCCUUGAGGAGCUCUUAGACCUUUGAAUCUGAUGUAGGAACAAACCUA